AUGGUAUCAGUCAUUCGCCGUAUGAAUGUAUUGAAGCGAAAGCUCUACAGCAUAAGACAUGGCCCCGGCGCUGCCCAGCUGCCGCCGGAGAUCUCGCGCCUGCACUUUGAGUUCCCCAUGACCAGGAGUCUAGCUAAGCUGGGACCAAGGAAAUUCUGGAGGCACUACCUCCCGCAACUAAAAUACCACAACCCCGCCGUGCCCAUGAUCCUGAACCGGCUGCCCGACACGCCCGAGGAUCCCAAGCCGGCGCUGCUAUCCAUCUACCUGCGCACACCGACGACCACGACCACCACCACCACCACGCCAUCCCGGAAGGCCUCGCAGCCGCAGCAGAUCGCCGAGAUGAAAUCCGCCACCGACGGCUCCAGUCCGGCCCCACCGCCGCUCGAGGACGAGACGGUCGUGACCAUCGACGCGACCAAGCUCAAGGCCAAGGCCAUCCUCAAGCAGCUGCUGGUCAAGACUGGAGCCAAGCCCGCUCCCGGACCGACGGCGCAGGAGCUGGCCGAAAAGGCAGAGCUGGACGCCAUGGUGGCCCAGGCAGAGGUCGACAGGCAGGUGCAGAUCAAGUUUAGAGAGCAGCAGCAGCUGGAGAAGGCUGCGCUGGACAGGGUCAAGCGCGAGGCGGCCGAGAUGAAGGCGGCCGCCAAGGAGAUGUAA